GGGGGCAUUCUACUUCCCCACACUUACCCCUCCCAGCUAGUCCUCCAAGCUACAAGCCAUGGAGGCAGGCGCAAGCCAUGCACCCACCACCUCUUCCUCCUCCUUUUCCUCUUCCAGUACUUCCUGCUCCUCCCUCGUCAAUGGCGGGCCGCAAGAGCUGUCCAAGAACUCUGCGAAGAAGCGCAAGAGAGCGACUUCGCCGGACUCCCGAGAACUAGAAGCAAACACCACUACCGCCACCAAUGGCCACCAAGGCGAGGACAGCAGCAGCUGCAGCAGCACCUACGACAACGCGGAGAGCGGCAAGGCCCCGGCGGCAUCCGGCGCCGCCACGUCGAGCAGGAGUGGCUUCAAGCAUCCGUCGUACCGCGGCGUACGCCGCCGGAGCUGGGGCAAGUGGGUGUCCGAGAUCCGGGAGCCCCGCAAGAAGUCGCGCAUCUGGCUCGGCACCUUCCCCACCGCGGAGAUGGCGGCGCGCGCGCACGACGUGGCCGCGCUAGCCAUCAAGGGCCGCGCCGCGCACCUCAACUUCCCGGACCGCGCCCACGAGCUGCCCCGCCCGGCGUCCACUGCCCCGGCAGACAUCCAGGCCGCGGCCGCCCAGGCAGCCGCGGCCGUGCAGUGCGAGUGCAACACGUCGUCCGCCGAGUUGUCGUCGUCCCCUGCGGCCGAGUUGCCGUCGUCCCCCGCGGCCGAGUCGCAGGAGGAAGCUGCCUGUCCGGACACGGUGAACGGCGACGGCGGCCAGGACAACGCACUGUUCGACCUCCCGGACCUUCUUCUGGACCUGAGGGAAGGACUAUGGUUUUCACCUGUGUGGCCGGCGGCACUUGCGGCGGAGGAGUACGACGGCGGCGACGUUGGGCUACAUGAGCCACUCUUGUGGGCCGAGUAACUUUACCUUUCUGGGCUCUUGAAAAAAAAAGAAAAGAAAAAAGGAGCUACCGGUCUACCACCACACCAUAUGGUGAUCUAAAAAGAAAGAAGAAAAAAGAGCCACCAUGCACAACACUAUGUGUUAUUCUUAAAUUAGUACUGCUCGUGCUUGAUUUGGCCAAGGAACUUGUGUUCUUUCUGUAUCAACUAUCAGGACAAGAAACGUGUAUUGAUAGCAGUCUGAUGCAUUUGCAAAAU